AUUAAAAUGGACGAAAAGAAUAUCAAUUUACCAGAACAAGUAACUAAAAAUUUGUUUGAUAAGUAUUUAAUAAUUAAUUAAUAUACUAGAUCAUAAGAGAAAAGAGAUAUAGGAGGAUCAGAAUUAACAAAAGUAAUUUAAGGUGCUCAAGAUAAAACAAUAAUAGAAAUAGCAAAAUACUUAAAAGAGAGAUACAUCUAGCAAUAGUAAUUUCAAUAUAAAAAAGGAGGAUUACAUGGAUUGUAUUUUAUUGCUAUUGAAAUCUCUAAUAAAAAAGUAUUAAAAAUUAAUUACUUUGAAAGUAUGAACCUAUUGUUAAGAACUGUUUAAAUUACAUAGUUGAUCCAAUGAUAGAUUGUAUGAGAGACAAGGAAGAAAGAGUCAGAUAUACAGGCAUUGAAUAUUUGUUUCUUACUUCUAAAUAAUUAGGUGAUGUCAUAUUAAAUAAAUUGGAAGAAAUAUAUAAAAAUUUAGUUCAGAGUUUUUUAGAUCCAGAUGAAUCUGUAAGAAAAGCUGCAUCCUAAUUAGAUAAUUGUUUAAAGAGUUUAGUUACUAGCACUGCUCCAGAGAAAUAAAACUUUAAGAUAUAGAAUUUUGUUAAAACUAUUAGUACUUAAAUAGUUUUCAAAAAUUAAUAAGUUAAAUUGAAUUUGAUUUCUUGGAUUAAUACUUUAAAUUCAAUACCACAUAUUGAAUUAUUCGAUUAUAUUCAAGGCUUUUUAGUAGAACUUUUUCUUAUGCUUGCAGAUACAAACAAUAAAGAUCCAUUUACUAAUGAGGCUAAAAUAGCUGCCAGAAAAUAAUUAGAAGAAUUUUAACGAGAUUUAGAAAGAUAUUCAAAAAGGUCAUCUUUUAAUCAAUCAUAAGAAUUGAAAACACAUAGAUAAAUUAUUGAGAUUUUAUUAGAAUUAUGUUAAAAUAAAUAAAGUGAUGCUCAUGUAUUAACACAAGUUUUAAGUUGGAUUUCAGAAUAUCUGAGAAUAGUUAGCAAUGAAUUAGAUUAACCAUAAAUUUAAUUUAAUUAAUUAGAAUUAAGUGGAGGAUAAAUUAUUAAGGGUAUAGAUUUAAUGUCUAAUAUAUUUGAAUAAAGAAGAGAUUCUGUUCUCUAAUAAGUUAUUAUGGAAAAAUUGAAUAAUAUUUUAAAAAUUAUACUCUCUUUAUUAUCACAUGAUUCACAAAAUAUUGUAAAUUCAGCAUAAUAAAUAAAUGAUUAGUUAUUAUAAAUAAUGGAUAAAAUGAAAGCCUCUGGUAAAGAAUUUGUUGAUAUAAUGCCUACUAUAUAAGAUAUGCUUAAAGAGAAAAAUAAUCAUACAGCUGAAAAAGCUUUAAUGUGGAUGAGACAUUUAUUAAAUACUUAAACAGAAAAGUUGAAACCAAUGAUUGAAAAUAUUUUAGAGAAUGUAAUAGAAUUUUUAAUUAAACUAGUUAAUUGAAAGAUUAAAAGAUGCUGAAGCUCAAGUUGUUGAAAAUGUUAUGGAUGUUUUAGCUAGAAUCUCUCAUGAAUAAUAUUUUGAUAUGGUUAUAGAAAAAAUAUUGGACAUAUUCCAUAAAAAUGUUAAUCUGCUAAAUAGAAUGAGUUAAAUUAUCAUUAAAAAACUUUGUGAAUUUUGGAAUGCAGAAGUUGUUUACACACAGAUUUGUAAUAAGCUUUUAGAAAAUUAUGUUUAUGUUGGCGAUGAUAAUCUAGAUUUAGCUUUUACUUAAUAAUUAGUUCAAUCCUUAGAAUAUUUAUUGAUUACUGAGCCUCGCUUAUCAAAUAUUAGAAUGAAACUUAAAAAUUAUAAAUAUGAAAAAAACCAAAAAACAGCUAAAUCAACUUAUGAAUUUUUUAUUAGCAUCUAUAAAACAUUUUGUUACAAUGAAGUAAGCGCUUUGUCAUUAUCUUUAUUAAUUGAAGAAUAUGAACUUACAUACAAUAUCAUCUUAACUAUUGCAGAAUAAGAAACUAAUCUAGAAAUCUUAGUAUAAAUAGCUAGAUUGACUCUAUUAUUAGAAUCACCUGUUUUUGCAUACUUAAGAUUAUAAUUAUUAGAAUCCUCUAAUCACCCUUUUCUUAUUCAAUCCUUAUAAGGAUUAAUGAUGCUUUUACCAUAAUCGCCAAUUUAAAAAUAUUUAAAAUCUAGACUCAAAAAUAUUGAACUAUUUAUAAAACCUGAUUCUGAUCUAUCAUAAACUAAAGAGUAUAUUUUAUUUUAUAUCAUAGAAUUCAAAAUAAAUUAGAUACUUAAUUAUUAUUAUAGUUAUUCAAAAAUGGAAAACAAGAAUAAUAAGAUUUGAAAGACAAUUAUGCCAAAAAUUAAUUCAAAUGA